AUGGCUUAUCUCGACGCCCAUCGCAUACACGACCUCGUCAAAGAAGUCAGCGAGGACUCAUGGAUUGUCAACGAUGAGGCCUUGAUAACCCGACACCAUUCCCAGCCACAACAGCCCUACUGGGAAGGUGAUCAGGGUUCCUUCUUCACCAUGUCGGAAGCCCCUAUUCCGAAACCACCCACUCAGAGAAUCUCAGACGACUGCCCCAUCACAGACGUUGUCAAAAUGUCUGAUGAGCACUGGGGACUCUUCAAGAUAGGCCAAGCUCACCUCAAAGUGACCUAUAACAACGGAGCACAAGAGCAUAACACGUUGAAAGCUUUGGCAAAGGCAUCUUUCGACUUCAUGGUCCCCACUGAAUACUGUCACGCAGUAUAUGGCAACCACUAUUACAUCGUUCACACCAUCCUCCCGGGCAAGUCGAUUGCUGAGGUCUGGCACAAGACAGAUGAUGAAGAGUUGCAGAUGAAGUGGGCGCGGCAGAUAGCGGAAGCCUAUGACCAACUGUCCAAGUGGAAUAAUGGUCGCAUCUGCGGCAUUGACGGCGGGAACUUGACUCACUAUUACUCUGCCAAGGACGAUUGGGAGAACCCGAGCAUGUUCACCCCAGAGGUCAUUCAAAGGAACUAUGAGGAGAUUGGCCUAGACUGCUCUGAAUUUGUCUUCGCUCACAACCACGCGAUGCCGAUUGCAUUCAUGAUUGAUGAGACAAAAGGACUGGUGGGAAUCUCCACGUGGGGCUCUGCUGGCUUCGUCCCUAGGGACUGGGUACGUACUAUGACUCGUACCAACCUUUAUCUGGAAUCUAUGCCUACAUGUGACAAUAACAACUGGACUAUAAGAGACAAGAGGUUGUGGGAGUGGAAGAUGGAAGUUGCACUGGCCGAGAAGGGCUUCCGAGAGUUUUGGUUUGCGCAUGGCGCCUGGCGAUUGGAUGACAACGAUCCCCUCAAAGCCGAAGUGUUGAAGAAAUUAGAGGGACGUCGUUAG